AUGGGCUACGACUUCGACCACGAUGCGACCCGGAAGCAGACCGAGGAGAAUGUGCAACCUGGAGCAAGUGCCAUUGAACGCAUUCACGGACACAGGGUGUACAAGAAGCAGAGUCCCAACAGCCGGCUGACGCUGUACCUGAGCACACGAGAGUUCGUGCACGCGCCGAGCAGGGCCAGUGUGAGCGCCAUAGAUGGCGUCGUGCUGGUGGACCCGACCUACCUCAAGGAUCGGCGCGUCUACGCCAUGGUGCUGCUCACAUUCCGCUACGGACGGGAAGACGAAGAGGUCAUGGGACUCAAGUUCUUUACCGAGGCCAUUCUAGACUUUAAGCAGGUAUAUCCGGAGCCCACCGCCGCGUCGACGAGUGGUACUGCGAGUGGCGCCGCGGGCGGCGCCGAUGGCAGCGUGGCGGCCCGCGCGCUAGGCUGCGCCAGCGCUGGCACCGGGACGACCGAGGAUGAGCUGACGCCGUUGCAGCGCAACCUGCUCAAGAAGCUGGGCAGCGACGCUUACCCGUUGACGCUCCGCAUCUCGCCGCAGGCACCGCCUUCGGUGCGCCUGCACCCGGCAAGGCCGUACCAGGGAAGCCCCCUGGGCGUCUCCUACGACCUUAAAGUUUACAUAGGCGAACGGUCGGACGAGAAGCCGCACAAGCGCAACACCGUGCGCAUGGCCCUCCGCUGCGUGCAGUACGCGGACGCGGCGGCCGAUGCGUUGGCUGUGCGGCCGCCCUCAGCCAGCGUGCGUAAGACGUUCGUAUUCUGCCCCGGCCGCUUGGACCUGCAGGCGUCGCUGGACCGUGAAACUUACCACCAGGGAGACGUGGUGCGCAUUCAUGUCACCAUGAACAACGGUUCCUCCAAGACGGUGCAACGUCUUAAAGUGGCCGUCCUGCAGCACGUGCACGUUUGCAUGUUCACGCACGGCCGAUUCAAGAACCUGAUCGGCAGCGCGGACACGGGUCCCGGACGCACCGUGCCGCCAGGCACCACCGUGUCGCGCGACUUCGAGGUGCGCCUUCAGAGCUGCGAGAAGUUCCCCGUGGCGCUGGCCGUGGAGAGCGAGUUCCACGAGGACGAUGCGAACACGUACAACCUUUCGUCGACCACAGUGCUGCUGAACCCGCGCGAGAAGAACCCGUACGGGGUCAAUGUUAGCUACGAGGUCAAGGUCAAGGCCAUCCUGAGUUGUAUCGACCGGCCUCUCGUGGUUCGCCUGCCAUUCCGAAUCAUGCUCCCACGGCCUCCGCAACACGGCGCGAACCGCACGCCGCUCCCCUCGACACUCCAGCCCGACGACUCUGUGGACUCUGUCGCCGACUGCGUCGCCGAGGACAUUGCCAAGCUGACCGUCGACAGCCGAGCCGAGGCCAACACCUAGCGACAGUGCGUGCACUCGGAACCACCCGGAGACCAUCCACUCUUCACCUCAAUGACCCGUGUUGGUUUCGGCUCGUCAGUGCGGCGUGGCUUUGUUUGCUCUUUGCGGGUCAACCAGGUGGAUGUAGUCGGUGUCAGCUUGAUCGCGCGGAGAAGGCGAUGCCUGUGGCGUGAUGUUCAUUUUGCGUGGGUGCGGCCAUCCCAAAAGCGCUUAGUUUCAGGACUAUGCUCGCAGAGUACUUUCAGUCGGCGCGCUCAGGAACACGGUGAAGUCAUUAAUCUCCUUCCGGUCCAAUCCGUAGUCGACACUGCAGUGACGGUUAAACUAAGAUUUCUGCAAGUUACAUUUUAUUUAUAUGUGAAGUCACUGCUUUUGGGAGUUCUUUCCACUUCACUCUAUUGGACGUCCACUGCAUUCUCAGCUUGCCGGCGCUGGAGUUUUAUAGGAUAUUUUCAUGCUGCUUUAUCUUAGCCAGAGUUAUUUUGCUUUCUCUAAUAGCCAACUGAAUACAGAAAACAACUUAUUAAAAGUCCUUUACCCGACCGCAACGUGUCCUAUGUACGUAGUUAUUACAGAUUUCAAUCUCCUUUCUAUGGACCACGAGCUUCACAAAAUUUUCAUUGUGUAUAUACAGUAAAAGAGAAGUGUAUGCGGCAAUGCAAGCACUAUAGAAAAUGAUCAACUGUAGGAAUGGUGGCGUACUGUCUAUAAUUCUUGGUGCGGGACAUACUAAUUUUAUUGGUUGCAAAGAAUUGUUGUAAGGUAAUGCUGCUCAUAAACAAUUCGCGCUGAGCCACCAGGCACUGAAUUCACAUCGUUUUUCAUUCGCAAGUGCUCUUUGCCAGUGGCCUUCGUUAAUGAUAUGUCCGACAUCAAGAUUGGCGCAAAUUUUGUCUUACGAGCAAUUCUAUCCUAAUACGUCUGUUGCGAAUACGGGCUCAGGUGGGUCAAAAAUGAUGCGGACAACAUGCUAUUCCUGACCACGACAUUUCAAGUGCCCCAUAAGCUGCGUAGUUGUAGAAACAUCAGGGCUGUAAUACUUUCAGGGACUGCGCACAGCAGAACUGCACAGCAUCACAUCAAGUGAGGAACUCGGUGCCCCGCAGGUCCAGUAGAUAGUGCGGCAUCAAGUACGUCAAUGAUACAUAUUCGAGUAUUUCCUUUUUUAUUAUUAUUAAAAAAUUCACGCCUGCUACAUACAAAUAUGAAAUAUGUACUCACGUGAGAGUGCUAUAGUUUCGAACCUUCCCUUCUUUGGAAUAUUUGCUGCCUCGGUAUCUCUAACGAGCCCGCUGCUCAACCCAUCGGACUAGCGUGGUGCGUGGAAAAAUUCGGUAAAUUUUCCAGACAUCGUUAGCAUAUGGCGCGUACAUAUACACACGCGACGAAUGAAGGAAUGGUGUAAAGUAAUGUGUAUUGCAUGACAGCCACUCCGCAAAACGCGAUCAAAGCAAGACAAAGCAAUAAAGCAACACGCACCGAAGAGCCGCAGUGCAGCGGGGUGUCCUAAUAACGCACGCAGCAGUGAAGACGUGCUGCGUGUCUUGUAUAGCUCGUGUUUAGCGGCCGCCCACCCAUGCAAUCACGCUUCGGACGCUCAAGCUGGCACCGCUCGCGAAACCUUUAUGGGCAAGCUCAGGGCGAUUGGCGAGUGGACUCUGAAGUGUGCUGCAGGGGCGUCUUGCCACCGGCGCCGCGCCGGCUUGUACAAAUGAAUGCUGCCACCGCGUUUGCUUCGCGUGAUACGCGGAAUAUUUUAUGGCUGUGCACCACAAGAAGCUACAGUCACUAAACGGCCACAAAUCGAUCAGAAACUGGUAAAUUGCUGUAUAAUUUUCUCGUGUGAUUUUUUUUUUUUUUUUUUGCUAAUGGCCAGUAAUGUCACGGGCGCUAUGUCGUGCAAAUGGUACUGUGAAUGUCGCUUUUGUCGUUCGACAGUUCGUCGCAGUGCGUAUGCUCGUUCAGAUUAUUUUUCUUAUGAUAUUUUGAAGAAGCCAGAAGUGAUCAAAGAUUCGUGAUCGCAAAGUGAUCGCGAAGGUUGGUUGGUGCGGAGCUAGUCAGAAAAAAAAACAUGGUGUUGCCAUACCUGGCCAACCUUAAUUGACGUUUUGCAUUGUCGAGUCGCGAGUCAAACCAUUAAUUCUUUAUACUUACGACUAGCUAGAAGUGUGGUAUUGAAGCGCGAAAGACCCGCAACAGUACAAAACAGCCACAUUCAAUAUCUGAGCGAAAUGUUAAAACCAAACAAUCAAAAUACACGAAACUUUAUUUUUAGUUCGCCAAGGCCUUACUCUGUGGCGUUACUCUAUGGAGGAACGUUCACUCUACGUGAGGAUUAUUCACCUGCGUUGGAAAUCUCCUUGUGUGACGCAUUACAUUGUGCUUGUAUUUAAGAAAAAGAAAUGGCAAGUGCUGUGGUUCUCUCCAACCUCAACUCUUCUAUCGCCACUUCCCGUAAACGUGAACGUAAAACAAAAAAAAAAAAUUAUAUAAUUCGUAUGCCUUGGAACAACGUACACGUUCGUAAGCGAUGAUUAUGUGUGGCGUGUGUAAAGUCCAUCGCAUGCGCGCGAACGAUUUCAAACAUGUUCGCUGCGUAACUGAUUGAACAAAGAUGUUUCCGUUUGUGUGGUUGUGUGUGUGUGUGGGGGGGGGGGGGGGGUGACACGAAGGUGAUGUUAUUUACAUAUUAAUCUUCCAGCAAAAGAUUAAUAUAUAAGAUUAAGGUUAAGAUUCGUCAGAGGACGUGCACCUUUUAGCAGCUAUAUACCUAAUGGACAGUGAGUGGCUGCCAGUGCUGCAGCUUUCAACUCGCCGAUUGUUCACGAGAUUCCCGUGCAUCGUGGCACUGCGGAGCGUGAUGUGAAAGUCCCGCGCUGUUUUUACGCUUUAUCUAGAGUAAAAAAGGUGAGGGUUUCGCGAACCGCGGCUGCCCUGCAUUUCUUCUUCCUCUUCCUUCGCUUCCCUUUUGUCGCGUCGACGCUGGUUUUGUCUUGCGCCCUAUGGCGCGAGCCUUAACGGAUGUAGGAAGAUGUGUGCAAAAGUUACUCGAGCGAUAUCUGGAAGAAAGUAAAGAGUAAUAAUAAAGAUAAUAAUAUAAAAUACAAUCCGCACCGCACGGUCCUGCAGUGCCGAGAAAUAUGUGAACUACGAUAUUGCCAGGCUGUCUGUCCUAUAUAAGAUUUACAGAGUAAGUGCCGGACGCCUCGCACAUGGGGUUUCAACUGGAAGCGUGUCAGUUUUUUUUUUUCAUAUGCUCAAAUAUUUAUGCUGAAAGAAAUUUUUUUUUUCUGAGCAGUGCAUGUUAUAGAUGCUUUCGUCAACAACGUGUGCCCACGAAUCGGAUAACUCGCAGUGUAGAUCUUAUAUAGUUCUGCAUGAAUGUCUGACUACACUACUAUACAUUACUCUGGUCAACCUCUGUGACUACAUUAUUCCGGUCAAGCUAUUGGCCGGAGAACUUCAAAUUAUUUACUAGUCACUUUCAUUUUAUUCGUUUUAUUUACUAGUCAGUUUUCGUUUUGUCGUGCAAAAAUUCGCUGCAUUGAGCCUGUUGCUGCAGCUUGCCUCUUUGUCACAGCAUGUGACCGAAAAAUAGUGUGACUGGUGACGUAAUGGUGAUGUUGAGAACAGCAAAAUGUUUACGUAGUUCUGCUGCACCAAGCUAGUGCACUCUGUAUUAAGAAACGGUCACAUUGAUAAGAAAGCAAAAGUCAUUCCUUAGACGCUCUUGAGAAUUUCUAACCGACGAAACAACUUCCGCAUUGUUGUCAACCUCUCCGAGUUUCAAACACAUUUAUCACAAAAUUCAGGUCCUUUAAUACGAUCGUCAAAGGAAGUGAACACGGUAGGUGGAGGCCUCGUCACCUGUGGGAGCUGGGGAAUCCCACAGCAACACUGUCCGCUCAUCUGGCGUCUGCAACUCAAAACAAUUCGUAGACCGCCUCUACCAGCUGUAAAACAAAAAGAAAAAUCACAAAAACUGGGAAGGAGGAGUGUGAGAAAAUUUGCCUGUUAUAAAAUAUAUUUCCCAAAUGUCUUCAUAACGUUACGUAUGAUUUUCACGGGAUCAAAUAAUAGUUUUGUAACCUUUCUAACUCGCAUACUGAACUUAUGUACAUCAAAUCAUAGAUGCAGUUUCCGUACUAGACAAUCACAUAUAUGGCCACCGCUUCCCUCUCCCUACUGCGGCGGUAUUGGCAUGGCGCAAAUGUGGCGCACGCGUUGUCUUUUUUGUGUCCUUUUAGUUGAUCGGCGGUGGGCUUCCAACCAUAUGGAGUAGCAGCCCCAGACUAGGAGCUGAAAUCUGUCCACCCCUCGAACGUUGUGAAUCGGGUUGUGAUCUCUGAGGAAACGACAUCCACUGCCUCGGUGUCGCCAUUUGGGCGCGCGACUCGUCUUCGUAUGACCAACUCCGCAAUGUCGCGAUGGCGGUGACCGUAUUACAUGACGCGUGAAAGCGCUUAAAUACCCGGCGCUACACUUUCACUCCCCGUGUGACGAUGAACAGUGCAAAAAAAGAAGUGCAUAUUGUAACGUUCGCAACGAAUACACCUUCAUGAUCAAGGCGACAUUGUGACUUUUCCCGGCACGUGAAACGGACACACCGCUGCCAUUCUGAGUGCUACAGCUGACAUCUGGGUGACAUCAGCUAUGCGUCUCUGACACAACAGAGACGACGAGCAAAUAGCAGACAGGAAGAAGCACGCUUACAUGCUUUAUUUUAUUUUAUUUUCCUACGUCUGGCGCUCCUAAAUUCCAAUAUGGGCCAUUAUGCUUUAUUCCAAAUUCCCGAAUGUUGGUAAAACCUUGGCAUUGGCGCAGCCAGGGGUGAGCGAUGGGGGUUCGAACCCCCUUCCCUCCAACCAGAAACUUCUAAAUGUUUCAUGUGUACAUAUACACGCACACAUACAAACACACGCACUAAUAUACAUAAAGAGUGGUUGACUCGCCCCCUCCUGAAAAAAAUUCCUGGCUACGCCACGGAACCCUGGUGUCAGCAUAUUGCCACCAGGUGCACUAAAUGGAAUACGAACGGGGCGUGCGGACGUGGUUCCGUUUUAUAAGGACCAAAGACGGCUCGGUAUAUUUUUUUUAGCCGCACCCCCCACUAUGCUGCAGCGCGCCCAGUGGUGGUGCAUGCAUUCGAACGCUCACCCGCGGAAUACACGUGCGUGAAGCGCGACCCGAAAGUUUAAAGAAAUGUGUAGCUUAAUUAUUUCUUCGAGCUUUCUCACGCAGCUGCCGUCAUAAAGCGGCACAGAGAAGGCGUCG